GUGUGUUGUGGCUACUCGAAUGCUGGGUCAAUAUUUGCUCAAAGAACCAAUUUUGGUUGAGCUCGUGGCUAUGGUAGCUGGCUUGCGGCUAGAAUUUGUGUCUCUGGUUCAUUGAAUUUGUGUGGUCUGUAAAGAAUUUGGGAAUGUUCAGCCAUAGAAUCUAUCAAACUCUCUUGAAGAUUAGCCUAAUUUAAGCAAUGCGGUAGCUUCAAGGGCAUUUCAAUGGCGGACUCGAUUUCAUCAGUGUGCAAUUUAGCGAUUCUCGACAAACUCAGCGAUGGCUCCAUCGAAGAAAUCCUCGAAAGCUACAAUGGCUUCUGUGCUGCUACGGACACCCUUCUAAACGGCGCCGGCGACCUCUCCGUCGGUCCGCAGUUCGUAUCUCACGUUCACGGCCUCUGCAAGCACGGGCUCGAGUCUCUGCUCCGAGACCACUUCCUUGGUGCGCUGGAGCGAACCUUCGAGAAAAAUGGUGCCUUGAAAUUUUGGCGGCAUUUCGAGGCUUACGACGACGUUUCGGUUGAAGAGGAAGUGUUCUAUAACGCUUUGGAAGAAAUAUCUUUGGAAAAGCAGUACCAGGAGAAGUGUCUGUUGAUUCUGGUUCAUGCUUUGCAGUCUUACAACCAUGGAAGCCAUGAUUCUAAUGAUUACAGAGUUGAGCUGUUUGCUAAGUACCAAAUGUCAGUGUCUUCAGUUCUUAUGGCCACUCUUCCCCGGCAUUUUCCUGAGAUACUCCACUGGUAUUUUAAGGGAAGGUUGGAGGAACUGAGUACUAUAAUGGGUGGAGACUUCCCGCAUGAUGAUGAUGAUGAUGAUGAUGAUAAAGAUGAUAUGGAUUUAGAUGACAAAUGCAAAGCCUCAUACAGGAGUGGACAAAUGGAGAUUGAUGAAUGCUAUCCCCAAGGGAGGUUCUUGGACAACAAUAAAUUGGUGAACAACAUAGGGAAGGUUGUUCGCGAUCUUAGAAGUCUCGGGUUUACAUCUAUGACUGAAGAUGCCUAUGCUUCUGCUAUUUUUUUGUUUCUAAAGGCCAAAGUUCAUGAUCUUGCUGGUGAUGAUUACCGGAUUUCUGUUUUGGAGUCCAUCAAGGGGUGGAUUCAGGCUGUGCCUCUUCAGUUCUUGCAUGCCCUUCUUGCUUAUCUUGGUGACUCUGUUAGUUAUGACAGUGUUUCAUCUGGUCUCAAGUCACCUUUGGCUUCAUGUCCUUCUACAUUUUAUCCUGGAAUUGACACCCCAUCUGAAGGACUUGUUAGAUGGCAGUUGCGACUAGAGUAUUUUGCAUACGAAACAUUGCAAGAUUUAAGAAUAACUAAAUUAUUUGAGAUUAUUGUGGAUUACCCUGACAGCUCUCCUGCAAUUGAAGAUUUGAAACAGUGUCUUGAAUACACUGGACAACACUCUAAGCUGGUCGAGUCAUUUAUCUCUGCACUACGAUAUCGCUUGCUAACUGCAGGUGCCUCAACCAAUGACAUUUUGCAUCAAUAUGUUUCAACAAUUAAAGCACUCCGGACAAUAGAUCCAGCAGGUGUUUUCCUCGAAGCAGUUGGAGAACCAAUUAGGGACUAUUUGAGGGGAAGGAAGGACACCAUAAAGUGCAUUGUGACCAUGCUUACAGAUGGGACUGGUGGGAAUCCGAAUGUAUCUGGAAACACUGGGGAUAGCCUUCUUGAAGAAUUAAACAGAGAUGAAGAAAAUCAAGAGAACGCUGGUCUUGAUGACGAUUUCCACACUGAUGACAAGCAGGCAUGGAUAAAUGCUUCACGCUGGGAGCCAGACCCUGUAGAAGCUGACCCCUUGAAGGGCAGCAGGAACCGAAGGAAGGUUGACAUACUUGGGAUGAUUGUUGGCAUAAUUGGUUCAAAAGAUCAACUAGUUAAUGAAUAUCGUGUUAUGCUGGCUGAAAAGCUUCUCAACAAAUCUGACUAUGACAUCGAUACAGAGAUACGCACUCUUGAACUCCUCAAGAUACAUUUUGGAGAGAGCAGCAUGCAGAAAUGUGAAAUUAUGCUGAAUGAUCUGAUUGAUUCUAAAAGGACUAACGGCAAUAUUAAAGCAACCAUAACUCAGACAUCUCAAGCAGGUUCUGAGCUGGGAGAUAACGGGGUUUCCAUGGAUGUUUUUGAUGCAACAAUCAUCUCUUCAAAUUUCUGGCCCCAAAUCCAGGAUGAGUCCCUUAAUGUACCUGGACCUGUUGACCAACUACUAUCUGAUUAUUCAAAGAGGUUUAAUGAAAUCAAGACCCCUCGUAAACUAUUAUGGAAGAAAAGUCUUGGUACAGUUAAGUUGGAGUUGCAAUUUGAAGAUAGAGCAGUGCAAUUCGUGGUUGCUCCUGUGCAUGCAGCAAUUAUAAUGCAAUUUCAAGAUCAGACAAGCUGGACCUCUAAGAAUCUUGCAGCUGCAAUUGGGGUUCCAACAGACAUACUUAAUCGCAGGAUAAAUUUCUGGAUAAGCAAGGGAAUUCUUGCAGAAUCAAUUGGGGCAGACUCUGAAGACCACGUGUUUACACUAAUGGAAGGUAUGGUUGACAGUGGUAAAAACGGUGGUACGAAUGGAAGCAUCGAGGAUCUUAUAGUUGCUGAUGAAGAGGGGGAGAGCUCUGUAGCCUCUGUGGAGGAUCAACUGCGCAAGGAAAUGACUGUGUAUGAGAAAUUUAUCUUGGGGAUGCUCACAAACUUUGGAAGCAUGGCAUUAGAUCGAAUUCAUAAUACUCUCAAGAUGUUCUGCAUAGCCGAUCCUCCUUAUGACAAAACUCUCCAACAGCUGCAAAGUUUUUUAACGGGUCUAGUUUCUGAAGAGAAGUUGGAACUAAGAGAUGGAAUGUAUUUUUUGAAAAAGUAGUCAACUAACAGAAUUAGAACCCUACUAAUUUUAAUAAAAAUUAUAAAGCUUGGCAAAAUGUAUUAUCCUCGUGCAACUCUUUUUCUUUUCUUUCUGAUUCGUUUGAGGGGAAAGGCGAGAGUUGGAAGUACAACUCUUUAUGCCUCUCUUCGGGUUGUACGAGAUAUCAUGAAAAAAAGCCCAUAUGUUUGAUCC